CUUCAGCAAUACGUGGAACAAAGGCAAGUCGUUCUGUUGUAGUAGUUGCCUUUCGUUCGAAGUGAAUAAAACAAUGAACAUCAAAUUGCUAGAAAUAAUUAUUGCUUUCAUUCUAAACAUAAAAGUAUUUCAGGCAGCUGAAUCGUCAUGUAGUCUGAAUGCGUGUGAUGUGGUCGAAAUGUUUACGAAAAGCAGCCGAGCCGAACCUUCACCUCCUUCGAGUGCUUGCAGUCCAGACCUGCAUUGGAGACAGUUAGAUCGUCGGCUAAGAGCUAUAGAACAACCAACAUGGACAAUAAGCUUCGGCCAAUCUCGUUGGAGGCAAUGCGCGAAAAGUGCUUGUCGAUGCGAUUCAGCCCGACGUUCGCUUAAUUGUUGGAGGGCUGGGUUCACCACGCUUACGCCGGACUUGAUCGUACCCGCCGACUUGGUCAAUAUAGACUUGGGCACUAACAAACUGCGGACGUUGCACAAGACGACAUUUAAAGGCAUGCGCUCACUCGCUGAAUUGGACAUGUUCGACAACCAUGUGGAAUAUCUGCCAGCUGGCAUAUUUGAUUCCUUAGUCAAUUUGAGAAUUCUACGGCUCCAAAGAAAUUACCUGGAAGAAAUUGAUAGUCACGCAUUCAGAUCAACGAAGAAACUUUUUCACGUAGACCUAUCAAAUAACUAUUUAUAUUCCCUUCCAGAAAAAUUGUUCGCAAAUAAUUCAUUUUUGGAAACCAUCGACAUUUCUAAUAACCAUAUUAUGUACAUGCCUUCAGACAGCUUCGUUGGUCUGGAAUCGCUGCAAAUAUUAGACUUAUCAAAAAAUAAAAUUCAACGAAUCGAAAACGGAACUUUUUCAUUAAAGACACUUCAGAUAUUAAAACUGUCUGAUAAUAAGAUAUGUAAUAUAAGUGAAAACGCUUUUGAAAGCCUACAGGCUUUAGAAACUUUAUUGUUGGAGCGAAAUAAGCUGCAAAGUAUUCCAACUCGUCUUUUUCACAAUGUGGAUUGUUUAACCUUUCUGGAUUUAUCCAGUAACAAUUUAAUGAGAUUAACGGGCGUUGAAUUUGAAAGAUUGAAGCUUUUGCGCACGCUGGAUUUGAAGGAUAACGCUCUUACCGAACUUCCAGACUUUACGUUUUCGAAUAACACAAACUUGGAGAAGCUCGACUUAUCAAAAAAUAAACUGCGAUUUUUAAACGUCACCACAUUUCUUGGAUUGGAAAAUCUCACCUCGCUUUUGUUAUCGGAAAAUAAAUUGUUCGAGGUGCAUUUCAAAACCUUUUCAACAUUGAAAAAUCUAACGACACUGCAUUUGGACAACAACAUGUUUCCUUCAUUACCAUCGCGUACAUUGGAUUACAUGCCGAAACUAGCGAUCGUCAAGCUAUCCGGUAACCCGUGGCACUGCGACUGCCAUGCAUUGUAUAUUUCAGCCUGGGUUCGCCUCAACGAGAUGAAGAUAUGGGAUUACUCUCCGACUUGCGUGUCGCCCUGGUACCUCGAAGGUCACUUUCUCAAAAAGUUGAAGUUUCCCGAGCUUUGUGCUGGUCAAUGGGCGAGUAUGGUGAAUCUUUCCCCGCGGUUACCAAUACAACAUUUGCUAGCUUUAAAUGUGUCUGUGAAUAGAAAACCUCAAGACAGUAUGGAGCAGAACCAUGACGUCACUACCAUUGAUACUUGGCAUUAAAUUGGCUUCAUCACUUGUUCUCUUUAUCUCCAUUGUGUGAUGUAUUUCUGUACCAUCUUUUAUCUGAAUGUGAUUAUCAGGAUUCCAGUUCUUUGUAUUCAUGUUCUAUUAAUAAAAAUAUUGCAAUAAAUAAACGGAGUCACGAAAAU